UCCCGACCCUGCUUCUCUGAUUGCAGCCCCAAACCUGCUCCUCUGAUUGCAGCCCCUUCCGUUCGAUCCAGCCCACUAUUUAUGAGCCACCAGCUAAGUGAGUCAGAAAAGCAUCCAAGUGCCCAGUCCCUGUCCACAGCCGUAGUGCUGCUCCCAUUCCCAAACAGCGCGACCCCUAAACACUGCCUGACCCAAGCCGGCAGCUAUUUCCACUUUAUAGUUCCAUGCGCAGGAUCGCACCGGCAGGAUCGCAUCUGACCCACCAGCCGCUUUACAUGGACCCCAGAAGAAAAAGUGGCAGUUUAGCAAGUGCCGUUCUACAGUUCCUUCUCUUUUCAUUCGCGAAAGGUCUUGCACAGACCUGCAUGUCAUCCCCAUGCCUGAAUGGCGGAACAUGCCUGGAAACAUCAACUGGAUUUACCUGCCUCUGCCCCAUGCAGCCACUGGCCUUUACUGGACCUACUUGUGGAGAUAUUUAUGAUGCAUGUGCCGUUUAUGGUUGCCCCAGCACUCACAGAUGUCAAAGCACCCCAGGGCUUCCGCAUUUCCAGUGUGUCUGUCAGCCUGGCUUCAACUGUACCAAUGAGUGUCAGAGUAAUUCUUGCCCAUUCCUAAACUCUCACUGUACAGUUGGUGAGGACAGCAUUAUGUGCAAGUGCCAAAGUGGGUAUGGUGGUGUGAACUGCCAAUAUGAGGUAUCGCCGUGUUUCCAGAACACCUGCCAGAACAAUGCAACCUGUUUGGCAGAUGCUGAAAGCUACAGGUGUUUAUGUGAGCCAGGAUUCACAGGGCAGGAUUGUGAGGUUAAUAUCAAUGAAUGUGCUUCAGACCCAUGCCAGAACGAGGCCCUCUGUGUGGACAAAGUCAACAGAUAUAUGUGCUUCUGUGUGCCCGGCUUCCAAGGCCACCAUUGUGAAAUAGACAUCAAUGAAUGUGCUUCUAGACCAUGUCAGAACAAUGGAACAUGCCUCAACCAGCUGGACCAGUAUGAAUGUGCUUGUGCCAAUGGCUACACAGGAGUUAACUGUGAAAUAGAGAUAGAUGAAUGCCAGUCAGGCCCAUGUCAAAAUGGAGCCACAUGUUGGGACCAUAUCGGCUACUUCACAUGUGACUGUCCAGCGGGUUAUGAUGGAGAACUCUGUCAGCAAGACAUUGAUGAGUGCCAGAGCCAGCCCUGUCAGAAUGGAGGGCGAUGUGUUGAUGAAAUUAACAGGUUCCAGUGUGAUUGCAGUCAUACUGGCUUUGUUGGAGACCACUGUGAAAUAGAAAUCUUGGAGUGUGACUCUAAUCCUUGUCAGAACAAUGCAACGUGUGUGGAGAGAGUCAAGGGCUACGAAUGCUUGUGCUGGAGAGGAUAUUCUGGAAUUCAUUGUGAAACUGAUGAUAAUGAAUGUACUGAGAAGCCAUGUGAGAAUGGCGGCCUAUGUCUUCAACUAUCCAACCAAUCGUAUUAUGGCACAGAACCAGAAUUUGGUGACAAGUUCAGCUACAGCCAAGCAGCAGGGUAUUUGUGCCGCUGCCAGCCAGGAUUUACAGGUUCCAACUGCUCUGUCAACAUCAACGAAUGUGAAUCUGGGCCGUGUGUAAAUGGUGGAACCUGCAUCGACUUAAUCAAUGGCUUCCUGUGUAGCUGUGUUUCUGGAUAUACCGGUGUUGGCUGUUCUAUAAACAUCGAUGAGUGUGAGGACAACCCAUGUAAGAAUGGAGCAAGCUGUGAAGAUGGAGUUGCUGACUAUUUCUGCGUUUGUCGACCAGAAGCCCAGGAUGGGACAAUAUGGGGUGGUAAAAACUGUUCUGUAAAGUUGGUUGGAUGCUUAGAGCACAGCUGCCAGAACAGGGCUGAGUGCAUCCCUUUAUAUAAUGAAGAAAAGCACAGUUAUACCUGCAAAUGCCAACCAGGGUUUGCUGGGGAAAAUUGUUCAAUCCCAACAACAUUUUCAUUCUUGGCCCAGGGGUACAUUAUGUAUGAUUUACUCUUAAGUAAUGAAUCGUACUUAAGCAAUGUGUCGGUGAGAUUUAGAACAACAUUACCUGACAUGGUCCUGAUGUACCGAGGAGAUGAAGAUAGCUUUCUCAUACUUGAACUUUAUAAUGGAUUUCUGUACAUACGGCUUAAAGGAAAUGGAAGGUUAUUUCAGUUGGUUAUUGAUAAUCACAAGGUGAACGAUGGUUACUGGCACAAUGUGGAGGUUGACAUUAUAUCUAAUUCAUUUUUGAAGUUCCGUCUUUUUCAUAAUGGUUGCAGGAAUGGAUUGUGUUCCAGAAAGCAGCCACUCACUGAAGGAUUUAAUCCUUACCUUCCAGAAUCCUUCAGUUUAGUGUAUAUCGGAGGACUUGUUCAAGAGGCCUUAAUCAAAAACACUUUGAGCCAGCAAAACUUCACUGGCUGCUUGGAGGACUUGGUUGUUGACUUGUUUCCUCAGCUGCCACACAAUGUUAGCAGUGAUCGGUCCUUUGGAAUGGAACCUGGGUGCAGGAAGGUGGAGUUGUGCCAUCCAAACCCAUGUCACAAUGGAGCAAACUGCAUUGAUCUCUGGUCCAACUUUACAUGUGACUGCAUCAGACCCUAUAAAGGUCCCACCUGUAUGCAGGAGUAUAUAGCAGGAACAUUCUUCAGGGAAGGAACGCCAAGCCACACAUACUUUGAACUCAAUCAAGAUUUAGGAAUGUCUUUCAAUGUCUCUGCUUUUAUCAGAACCUUGAAACCAGAUGGACUUCUACUGCAAAUCAGCCACAGAGAAAUACCUUACUUCAGCAUCUACCUGAAUAAUAGCUGGGUCCACAUCGAGACACUAUCUGCACAACCUCUUGUUUUUAAGAAGAAACUCAGUGAUGGCAUGAAGUACUUUAUAAGUAUUUCUGUCAGGGAAGGGAAUGUUACAGUCACUGAACCUCAACAGGAACUUUACCUGGGAAAGGUGCCACCUGUCACCAUUACUAAAGGAGAUGCAGUCUAUGUGGGUGGGUUGGCUACAGCAGACAAUACCACGUUUUGGGGAGGGUUUUUUAAAGGAUGUCUUCAAGAUGUAAGGAUUAACAAUUAUCACUUGGAGUUCUUCCCUACAGAGGAGAUAAAUGUACAAGAAACCUUAUACCUUGGGGACAACACCAAUGUCACUCAAAAUUGCGUCUCUGAUGAUAUUUGUCGCCAAGGCCCAUGCAGAAAUAACGGAAACUGCUCGGUAACCUGGAAUGACUUUGUUUGCAGCUGCCCAUCCAACUUCACUGGAAAAAGAUGCGAGGAGCCGGUUUGGUGUGAACGGUCUCCCUGCUCGCUAGACUCUACCUGCGUGGAUGUUCCCAAAGGAUUUGUGUGUCUGGCCAAUGCAAGUUUCCACGGCCACAACUCUGCAAUAUUUAUUCCAAAUAUUUCAGAAGAACAUGAUCUUACAUCCAUCUCAUUGACCUUCAGAACCAGAGACAGAGAUGCAGUUUUACUCCAGGCUUCAAAAAAUGUGGAUUUUUUCCUAAUAGCAAUUCAGGAGGGUUACUUGUUCGUUGAUCUACAAAGUGGAAAUAAUGUGGAUGGAGUUCAGCUUAAUGCGACAAAAGAAGUUGCUGAUGCUAUCUGGCACAGAGUAGUAAUAACCAUGGAAAAAACAACUGCAGUGAAUUCUCAGUGGACCUUCCAGUUGGAUGACAAUUUACAAAAGACAUUUCUGUGGGAAGGAGGCAACUUGAAUUUUUUGAGAAGUAACAUUUUCAUUUCAUUGGCUAAAGACUACACUGGAUGUUUGGGCGAAGUGUCUAUUGGAGGGAUUUACCUUCCAUUUACAGACCAUGUGUUGCCACAGCAGGAUCAGUUUAUAAGGAAAUCUGACACUUUGGAGUUGGGAUGCCAAGGGGCAGAUGUAUGUACUGAGAGCCCCUGUCUACAUAGUGGAACAUGCCAGGAUCUCUUUAACUCCUUUAGCUGUGCGUGCAGGACAGGUUGGAAUGGGCAACGUUGUGAGAUCAACAUUGAUGACUGCAAGUCCAGCCCAUGUCUCCAUGGUACUUGUAAAGACCUGGAGGCUGAUUAUCAGUGCAGCUGUGAGACAGGAUAUGCCGGCACAAACUGCAGUAUCAACAUCAAUGACUGUCAGCACCAUCAGUGCCUGAAUGGAGGGACUUGUGUUGAUGGUGUGAAUAGCUACACUUGCAAGUGCCCAGCCAACUAUGCAGGGACUUAUUGCCAAUGGCCUUUUCCACCUGAGCAGUGCAAUAAAAACUUCACAUGUUUUAAUGGAGGCAAAUGCGACAGUGGGAUAUGGGGAGCUAACUGCACAUGUAGACCAGGCUUCAAAGGCAGAAGGUGUGAAAUUAAUGUCAAUGAUUGUGAAUCAAACCCAUGUCUCAACGGUGGAACUUGCCAGGAUUCUGUGAAUACCUUCAAGUGCAUCUGCAAUUCCAGCUUUAGUGGGGUGCGCUGUGAGAAGCCACGCCUUCACCGGGAAGCAAAGGCCUCCACUCUGGUUGGGUCGGCAAUUGGAACCGGAAUGCUCUUUAUACUGCUUUCUGUCAUCGCAGCAGUUUUGGUGACGAUGAGAAAAAAGAGAGCAACUCAGGGAACUUACAGUCCCAGCCAUCAGGAGAAGGAUGGAGCUCGAGUGGAAAUGUGGAAUGUCCUGAAGCUUCCACCCACUGAGCGUCUUAUAUGACUUAAACCUCUGCAUCCAACAUAUCUCUAACAGAGAGUAAGGUUGUUGCAAACAGGCAUAGCACUUCUCACGACUGAUGAUCUGCCAGUUUGUUGGAUUAAAUGCUGGCAAAGAACUUGCAAUUGUUUGAUUUUGCAAGCCAGGACAUCAAAAAGCAUGCACAGUGCAUUGUUGGGGACUAAGGACCAAUAUAUUAAGGCUGGGAAAUAAACCGCAUACUGUAUCUGCUUAUACACUGGAAAUAGUGGUAUGUAACUUGUAAUUUGGAAGAUAAAGCAGGUUUAUAAACCGUGGCAAAUGUGGCUUGCACAAAACAAUGCUUUGCAACAGCUUACACAUAUGUAAAUGUUCCAUUGCCUAUGUGAUGAUUCUUUACUGCGAGUACAAUACCAUAAUAUGACCAAUACCAGUAUAGAACCAAACACUGACCAAUACCAAACUCUUUAGCUUUCUGCUCUCAGUCUAACUAAAGUCUAAGAAGUCAAAAGUAAAAAAAAAAUCAGGGAAAGAGCAGUAAGUCACAAGCUGUAUGGAGACACCUGCAGAUCCAACUAUAAGAAAGAUGGCUCAGUCUAGCCUAUAGAAGCAUCCAGCACAAUGAUAUUCAGUAGAACCCAUACAGCAUUAAUGUGUGAAAACAAACUGAAGUUUCCAUGUGAAAUGAAAAAGGAAUGAGGGAGAAAACUGGCUGCAUUGAAGAUCCAGCAAUACAGGGGAAACUCAAGUCUUAAAAAGGGAUCAGCUGUUUUUGACCCAAUUUUAAUGUCAUUCCUGCUAUGUGAUUACAUGUAUUUUAUAAUUUCAGUAGAAUGGGUGAGAUGUGGAUUUGUUUGCUGUAUGGACAGUACUCACACCUGUAAAAUUAUUCAUAAACCAUGUAUAAUGCCUAACAGUUCAGCAUCACCACAUCAGACCCAUUUUGCUUCCCCUUCAAUCCUCCCUCUACACACAAUAGAGACAAUGAGUCCUUUGUCUUUUAAUGGGAUAUAAAUGGAACAUAUAAAUGAACUGUUCUUAAAACCAGUGCAGACAGUUGGGGGAAACACCAUACACUUUUACAAAAAAUCUUUUAUUUUUAUAUGAUGUGAUUGAACUGGAGUUUGAACUUCUGAAACAUACAAUCCUGGGCUUCACGCAUUCUUUAGGUCAGACACCAACAGUUUAAUCACCUGGUAACCACGUCUUUAGGGUACAACUACACUAACCAUUUUCCUGCGAUUGUGCCAGAUCCAAUGCGCCAAAACACAGGCAUUAAGUUGGAUGCAACCGAAAACAACAUAAGCAACAGCAAUAUCGGAUGGUGUUGCAGUGUUCGUCCGAUGCAACACGACUGUAGGAUGUAGACGCUGCAUGCUGCUUCUGCAUCUGACAGUCGUGUCGCUUCGGAUGAACUCUUCGACACUAUUCGACAUUUAUAUGUCUUACCUUGUUUUCUGUCACAUCUGUCCUGACGCCUGCGUUUUGGCGCAGUGCGUUGGAACCGGCCCAUCGUGGGGGAAAUCGCCUGUGUAGUUGUACCCUUAGUGUGUAUAGCACAUUGCAGUUUAGUGCCUUAACACAAUAUUGCCCUUUUGCCAUAUUAACAGUACUUGCAGUUUACAGUUCUUAGCCCAGACAAACAUUUACAUGCUAGUGCAUGUCUGCUAGUAACUAUGUUCAAUGUGUGACUGGGGCAUGGUGGUGCCAUGCAUCCCAAACCUUUUACGUUGUUCUCCAUAACUUUAAGAGAGCAAUCUCCGGGGGGGGGGGAGUAGACCUGGGUCGAUGGGACCCAUGAGGGCCAGCACAGGCCCAGACCCACUCUAAACAGACGGUGCUCCUUACCUCCACCCCCGCCCGUACACAUAAAUAAUUGCACAUAAAACAGGUAUUCGCUGGUGGGUGGGGGGGAGAGAUUUGAGGCUGGGGAAGGGGGGAUCUGAUGGGGCGCAGCCCUAUUGGGCCCAGAACCCUAUAGUCCAACCCUGUGCAUUGCCUGGGGUGCAAGUGGUUGGUAAGUGAGCUCUAAGGCUCUUAGAUGGCUUUUUAACCAUCUACCAUAACACCGUAAUUUAGGUCCAUCAAGUUCAAUCUUUUAUGUCUAUAUAAAACCUACCUGCUAGUUGAUCCAGAGUAAAAAAAAAAAAAAAAAAAACCCCUUCCGAACCCUCUUCAAUUUGCCUCGUGUUGGGAAACUAAUCUUUUCUGACUCCAAGAUGGCAAUCAGACCAGUUCCUGGAUCAACUUUGUAAUGAGCAAUUUUAUAAUAAGCAA